AGAGGACUGCUGACAGCGCUAAACAACGUAGAAAAAGCCGCUGGCUUUGGAUAUCAGUGGGACACCCCUUGUCAGAUAUUACUCUCAUAUCGAGAGGACUGCUGCCAAAUUUAAGUGCUUAACCUUCAUUUUACAAAAACAGAGGAGAUAGAGGAGUAGGACAGAAGCUAAAGCGCGGGGGCUGACCCAGCAACUACCGGCAUGGCCAGAGACUACGAUUACCUCUUUAAGCUGCUCAUCAUCGGUGACAGUGGAGUGGGAAAGAGCAGUCUCCUUCUUCGGUUUGCGGACAACACUUUUUCAGGUAGCUAUAUUACCACUAUAGGUGUGGACUUUAAGAUUCGGACAGUGGAGAUCAAUGGGGAGAAAGUCAAACUACAGAUCUGGGACACGGCAGGACAGGAGCGUUUCCGAACCAUCACCUCCACGUAUUACAGAGGGACCCACGGGGUCAUCGUAGUAUAUGAUGUCACUAGUGCCGAAUCCUUUGUCAACGUGAAGCGAUGGUUACACGAAAUUAACCAGAACUGCGAUGACGUAUGUCGAAUAUUAGUGGGUAAUAAAAACGAUGAUCCAAACUCCAAAGUGGUGGAGACUAACGAUGCCCAGAAGUUUGCGGAACAGAUGGGUAUCAGCCUCUUCGAGACAAGUGCAAAAGAGAACAUAAACGUGGAGGAGAUGUUUAACUGCAUCACGGAACUGGUGCUACGAGCAAAGAAAGAAUCGAUGGCCAAACAGCAACAACAGCAACAGAAUGACGUAGUCAAACUCGGCAAGAACAGCAAACGAAAGAAAAAGUGCUGCUGACGGACUCUGGCUUACCUCCUCUCCUCUACAGGCUCCAGUGCAAAAAAAACUCUCCCACACACACAAUAGGA